AUGUCGACCGAUCGUACAUCCCCUAUUACGGUUCCAAACCCUGAGAACCGUCAGCGUCGGGGUUCCAUCGCCGACCUGUUCUCCCGCUCAAAUGCCAACCCACCCACCCAGACCAACCAGGCCAAUCAAGCCAACCAGGCCAACCAACGUCGAAUGUCCAUCACCACCCUAGGAUUAUCGGGCUCUCCCACCCAGACCAAUACCUUUGGUCGGAACGGCAGCCUCCGUCGAGGCAGCCUCUCCAGCUCAAUCGGAUCCGUUCCCAACGAGGACGCCGUCGAAGAUAGCGAGGGCACUUCUCCGAGCUCCCAGUUUGCGAGACGGGUCUCCUUCGGGGCCCAGGCCCUGCGAGAUGCUCGUGGAGGAUCUAUUGGCAAUGGUAGAGCCCCCCCUCCCUCCGUUGUUGGACCGCGUCGCUCUCCCCCGCCCGGUUCGGCCAUUGUGGCCACCCGCUCACCCGCAAGUAUCUCAACCUCUCCUCAGGACGAGAGAUCUAACGCAUCCCGCCAAAUCCUAGGCGAAGGCUUUAACUGGUCCGAGGCUCUCCGCUCCCGUGCCGAGCGUGCCCCUUCCCUCAGCGGCCCCCCGCGCCAGAACGGCCAUCAGCGUGCGACUUCGAUCGCUUCCAUGGAGACCCCCAGUCGGGACAUGCCACGCCAGCCCAAGCAGAACAAGCCCGAUUUCUUCCAGGAGAAGAUCUUGCGGGGCGACUUUAUGGACUAG